GCGGGAGUAAGCGCAGCAGGAAAGUGUAGCUCAGAGUUACCGUGUAGCAUCACUGCUUCCGGUGUACGCUGUGUGAGCGGAAAGGCAGCCAAACGGUAUUGUCCUGCCUGGUGGAAAAGCCAAGAUUUCUUUGGAUUUUGGUUUGAAAAUAAACUCCAUGAGUGGACAAAGAUCAUCAAGAAAAAGAUGUGGAGAAAUCCAGUCAGAGGAUUCUUCACACUGUGAACAUGUCUCCAAAACAACAUGUGUUUUAAGUAAGCUUGUGGAAUUGCCAACAGCACCUCUUAACCGACACCAGUUAAAGAGGUUGGAAGAGCAUCGGUAUAAAAGCUGUGGGAAAUCUCUUCUGGAACCAUUAAUGCAAGGAUUUUGGGAAUGGUUGGUUGGAAAGGUCCCUUCAUGGAUUGCACCAAAUCUUAUCACCAUAAUAGGACUUUUGAUCAAUAUCUUGACAACAGUAGUGUUAGUAUGUUACUGUCCAACAGCAACGGAGCAGGCCCCAGCGUGGACUUACCUGUGUUGUGCUGUUGGUUUAUUCAUUUACCAGUCCUUGGAUGCCAUUGAUGGGAAGCAAGCAAGGAGAACCAACAGCAGCACGCCACUUGGAGAGCUUUUUGACCAUGGAUGUGACUCUCUUUCUACAGUGUUCGUGGUUUUGGGAACAUGUAUUGCAGUACAGCUUGGUACACACCCAGACUGGAUGUUCUUCUGCUGCUUUGCAGGCAUGUUCAUGUUCUACUGUGCCCAUUGGCAAACAUAUGUGUCUGGAAUGCUGCGGUUUGGAAUAAUUGAUGUCACUGAAGUGCAGAUCUUCAUAAUUAGCAUGCACUUAUUGGCUGUGAUCGGUGGACCAGAUUUGUGGCAAUCAAUGAUCCCUGUACUGAAUGUGCAAGUGAAACUUGUCCCUGCCUUCUGCACUGUUGCAGGCACCAUAUUUUCCUCUAUCAAUUACUUCAGAGUAAUCUUUACAGGUGGAGUGGGAAAAAAUGGAUCAACAAUAGCUGGUACCAGUGUAUUGUCUCCAAUGUUACAUAUUGGAAGCAUCAUUGUUCUAGCCACCAUGAUAUAUAAGAAAUCUGCGGUUCAUUUGUUUGAAAAGCACCCAUGCCUUUACAUUCUUGCAUUUGGCUGUGUUUCUGCCAAAGUUACAAAUAAAUUAGUGGUUGCUCAUAUGACUAAAAGUGAAAUGCAUUUGCAAGAUACAGCAUUUAUGGGACCUGCCAUGUUAUUUUUCAAUCAGUAUUUUAACAGUUUCAUUGAUGAAUAUAUAGUACUGUGGAUUGCACUUGUGCUUUCGCUGUUUGAUUUGAUCCGUUACAGUGUGACCGUCUGCAAUCAAAUAGCUUCUCAUCUUCACAUUGAAGUCUUCAAAAUUAAGACUUAUGCUACCACUUCUAAUCACCAUUAAGUGUCCAAAACUUUUAAGUUAAAAAUGCAUGUUUCAUAACAAGAGAUGACAAAUCCAACACAAAUUUCAUUAUCUUAGUCCUCAAACUUGCCAGGCUCAGAUUUACUUAGUGCUUGAAAUGUUGUUGCAAAAAUUUCUAACAAUUCUGAAAGUAUUCAAGCAUGACAAAAAAUAACUACUUAUGACUAUCGUCAUUAGAAUGAUUUUAAUAUCCAGUGU